AUGUCUCCACCACGCAGUGAUACCCCGAGGCAAUAUCGAAAGUACAAGAAGGCCGAGCUGGUGGCUCUCGCCACGAAGCGUCGGCUGCCAGUCCCGUCGGGCGGAUCAAAGACUCCCCAUCGCUUCGACUACAUUGUAGCACUCAAGGAUGCAGAUCAAAACAUUUUCCGAUUCCUCGACCUUCCAGCCGGCAAGAAAUCCACGUGUUUCCCGCAGAUUUUGCGGACGUCGAAAGCGGUCAAUGCAGAAGCCAGUGGCCUGCCCUACACCCUGAACUACAUCAACGUCGAGAUUGGGCCUGAUGGAGUGUACUCACAUGGGCUCGGCUGUGGAACUUACGGGCCUUCAGGCAUGACCAAGGAGCAGGACUUCACCCAACUCGACUGGCCCGACUUUCUCCGCCGCGUUCGAUACAUGCGCCUGAAAUUUCCAUCUUCUCCAUGGCGCUCACAAACCCACACAUUGCGUGAUAAGCGUGGAGAAUCCAUGGGCAACACACUCUACUCACUAUGCCUCAUGCUUCGAAACGGCAACCGCCUCCGCCGCCUCCGCAUCGAGAUGAAACCCGAUGCAACAAGCACCUUCGAGAGCCUGCAAAGCCUCCUGUACCCUGUCCGACUUCUGCCCGGCGUGGAAGUGACUUUCCACGCGCCACCUCACUCUCCUCCCAUCCGACUCUCUGCAUUCUCACACUCUUCCCUCUCACACUCUCUCGCACCCCUUUUCCCAUCCACCACCACCACCUCCUCCUCCCUCCUUCCUCCCCACCCCGCACCAAUAACCCGCGGACAAGGACAAAAGCUCAUUCACGACUGCAUCAUCCUCAUCUCGGCAUUGAAGGAUUCCUCCAUCCCAUCAUCUCCAGUACCAGGACCAGUUCCUCCCAAAAAGUACCUUCGACAGCGAGCUCUGAAACUACAACUAAAAGGCUCCCGCGUUGCAAAUUCUCGCGACACCAUGGCUCGCGAACACUGGCCAGCCUGGCGACGUACGUUCCGCGCUGCGAUUGAGCGUCUUCGAGCUGGUUUGGAGGAUCAAAAUGUGAUGCGAGCACAGCUGGAUCCGCAAGUGCUGGCUGGAGUUUACGCUUUGCUGAUGUUGGAUAUUGAUUUUGCUCGGAUCAAAAAAGUGGAUUGAAGAGGCUGGCUUGCGCUUGGUGAAGGAUCAGAUACCUACUGAGGUACUUGUGGACAUAGCGGCUGUGCUGGAAAUGCAGGAAAGUGAAGGGAACUUGAAAGAACGAAGAAGAAGAAGAAGAAGACUGACUCCAAUGGAGCAUUGGUAAGUUUUGCAAGGCUUUCAGUGCCAUGCAUGGUACAGAAUCUGUAUGUAGCUGCCUUUAGGGACAGCCCUACUAAGGUACAUGUACGUAUCCAUCAGUGCCAGUAAGCACUGAGCAGGUACAGCAUGAAACCCAAUCAUCAAACGCCACAUACUCCGGUCCCGUCGGCUUCUUGUUUUUUUGUCCCACCAAAACGCCGGACACCACGCUAAAGCUCUGUCAGUCUGCCUUAUUCCUGCUGGGAACCAAUGGAGCUAUUCCUGGACGACGAAGCAUCCUAUGCCACAGCCGUUUUGGCCUUGCUCGGCAACGCCCAGUUGAAAAUCUUCUCCGACUUGGGAGUCAUCGCGCCUCGAGGCAUGUGAUCCUUGGGCAGUUGCAAAACAUUUGCGUCCGAAGGCAUCUUCAUCUUGGGCAUCGUCGGACGUCUCUGGAAUGUGCCCAAGUCCACAAUGGCCUCGUUGUUCUUCGUAGCGUCACGAUUGCUCUCCUUGCUGAGAGCAUGUUCUUGUAACAUGGCAACAAUCGAUGUCAACUUGUCCUUCUCCGGCCCCUCGCAUUGCUUCGCCAAUUUGGCGGCUUCCUUGAGAAAGUUCAUGGCCUGGCCGGGAGACGCUUGAGUCGAGAGGAUAUUGUACGCAUACACUCGGGUCUCCACCUUCGAGUGCUGAUUCUGUACGAUUUGAAUACAGAGAGCGCGACACACUUCGUAUUGCUGACGAUCGCGAGCUUGCAUGGCUCUCGUCAACAUCUUCGAGCAGUCCUCGCGGGCGCCUUUGAUCUUCUGCUCCAGAGACUUGAGAUUGAGCACAAGUGGGUCACUCGUUGGACGGUCCUGACAUCCCAGAGACUCGAGAGCACGAGAUACAGCAUCCAGAUCAGGGCAGGUCUUCUUCGCGAGGAUGACUUUGACCUCUGGUGUGUCUACCUGAGUUGGGCUCGCUGCACCGCUAGUUCCGGUCGAUGAUUUUCCAUCGUCAGUGGCGUGCUUCUUCUUCGAUGACAGGAGGCCAGCGGAGGUCAUUGACUUGAGAGACAUUCGAAGGGAUCCGUGAGCAGAGGCAACACGCUUCACCUCUUUCCCCUUACCUCUCAGACUGACUGGUGAAUCGAGUGGAUUUGAGGUAGGUGCCGGUUUCAAGGUGACGAGUGGUUCCAUGGCAGUUUCUGAAGAGGCAGAUCGGAGUGACGCAGGCCGAGCGUGCAUUUCCAGCUGUUUCUCAGCGACUGGUACCUCGAAAGUCAAAGCGCGAGUUCGUUGCUCAACCAUGAUUUGUUCAGCCAAAGCCGCGGGAAGCUGAACGACAGCGCCGUUACCAUGAUCAUCUGUGACUCGAAUCUCCGGCGAACUCAUGCUGGAAGCGGACGGACUUGACGAGGGCGAGCUGUGAGGUGAGAGCAUGAUGGCGUCGAUAUUACCAGAUAGGGCGUAAGGUACUUAUAGCGUUCGAUGCGAUCUUGUCCUCCCUCCGAUGUUUCUCGCUCCACGUGUUGAGACUGUGUGACGUGCCAGCGGUGCACAAUGUUGUUACUCCCUGCCGUCUCACUGUACUCCGGAGGUGUUGUUCGCAGAAGCCGCGGCGAUGUUUGAAGUGAUGCACAAGUGUGUCAAUGUACAAGUCAAGCUAAGUAAGGUAGCUGAGGUAAGGCGGUCGGUACCAGUUGACCUCAUGUGUAACGAGCCUUAUUCACGGACCUUGCCAGAAAUGAAGCAGCAGCAGCAACAGCAGC